UUCAAGAACUCACAGUAGCAUAUGUUAUGCUCCCUUCUCCUCACAACAGCCAUCUUGUCAGGGUGGACCCAAGGCCACACAGGGGACAUGACAUCCAGCUCCAGCUAGAGGCUGUUAAGCAGGGCAUCCUGAUGAGGUUGGGCUUGGAGAGGCCUCCAACCAUCCUGGGCACCAUGAACCAAGAGGAGAUCCAGAGGGCACAAUUGCACUACCAGGAAUUGCUAGCACAGCUCCAAGCAAAUCAAACAAAGCUGCCAGCAUCUACCACCAUUCAUCUUUUGAGGCCCGAAUUUAGGCAUGUGAAUGAGUCCACAUCUGGAAGUCUGCAGGCCACAAAUGUGCAUCUGGAGUUCUCCAGGACAGCAGCUUUCCAUCAGAACCUCAAUGUUCUCAGGGCUGAACUGACUCUCUUCAAGGAGUGGCUAAAUCCUCCCAGCAACUCUCUGUCCAAUAUAACAUGGCCAGCACGUGUUAAUCUCUACCGACUGUCCAAAAGAGAGAAAGUAACCCCUGAGCUACUCACUUCCCAAGUGAUUUCAAGAACUUCACCAAGCCUCAGUCUUAAGGGUGUUGUAGAACAAUGGGUAGCAAGCUCUGAGCCCAAGCUGUAUCUGGGACUGGAGUUUAGGUCAAACAUGGCUGCGUGGCUGGCCACUACCAUGACAAAAGAAGGGACAGAGAUGCUGAUGAUAGAGACUGAAACUCGAAAGGCUGUAAGGAAGGCAAGGCAGCUUGAUGAAGAAGAAUGCAGGAAGGGCGAUGGGAAGUGCUGCCUGAGGUCACUUAAGGUCUCCUUUGAGGCCAUUGGGUGGUCAGACUGGGUGGUGGCCCCGCGAAGCUACUCUAUGAAGUUCUGUGAGGGUUCCUGCCCACACAACUACAAACCAGCCAGCAUGCAUGCCCAGAUCAAGGCUAGGUUGCACAGCCUUUCUGGGGAGACUCCGGCACCUUGCUGUGUUCCUGCCGCCUAUGAGCCGAUGGUGCUUAUGCAUUAUGGCAAUGAUGGCAAUGUGGCCACUCAACUCUUUGAUGACAUGAUUGUUACACGGUGUCACUGUGCAUGAAAUUGGGGAGGGAG